AUGGAGGAGCCACAUCUACAUCCACGUCCACCCCAGGCGCCACUCCUUUUCACGGGAACCCCGACCUCGAUCCUUGAAGAAGCAGAUCGUGCCAUAGCCCAUUCGCGGCAAAUCCAGAGACAGCUGGCUGAAGAUAUCCGCCCCGACGCCGUAUCGUUCGCCAACGUCAUACUGCCCCUCGCCCAGGCUCACAACAGACUCAUGUCAUGCACCCGUCAUCUCGUCUUCUAUCGAUCCGUAUCCCCAGAUCCGGAAGUACGAGAAGCCUCCAUCAAGGCCAAGUGUCUCUUUGAUGACUUCGCUGUUGAGACAGCCAUGUUCGAGAAGCUCUUCGCUCUCGUGGAUGCCGUUGUGCAGAAGGAUCCAUGUCUGGAUGAAGAGUCGCGUCGGCUUCUGGCAGCGAUUCACAAAGAGCACCUCUCGAACGGUUUAAAGCUUUCGGCGGGACAGAGAGACCACUUCAAAGAGAUCAGGGCACGCAUUAACCGCGUGACGGCCGACUUUCGACAAAACGCAAGUGCUUCGGAGGUAGAUGGUAACACUGAUGGCCUCUGGUUCGGUCCAGAGGACUUGAGCGGUUUGCCAGAUGAAUUCUUGGCUAGAUUGGAGCCAGGAACCGGCGAGAAUGAGGGAAAGAUGUAUGUAAGCCUGAGCCAGAUGGAGGCUGGGCCGAUGAGAAGCUCCGAGAAUGGAGAAACUCGGAAAAAGGUCAGCAUGGCGCUUGCCAGGAGAUGUAAGGAAAACAUCCCACUAUUCAAAGAGGCGGUCCUCCUUCGUGACGAAGCUGCACGACUGCUUGGAUAUCAUAGCCACGCCACUCUUCGGCUCGAGGAUCGAUGUGCCGGAACGCCGGACACCGUUAUAACUUUUUUAGACAGCCUCCGUGAUCGGCUACGCGAACAAGGAAUGAAGGAGUAUGAAGUCUUGAGGCUUCUCAAGAAGGCCGAUAUGGAGUCUCAGGGAAAGCAUUUUGACGGUCAUCUAUUCGCCUGGGACGCUCCCAUAUACCACACGCAGAGGCGAAGGCAGGCUGCUGUCGAUAGCGAGAAGAUUGCAGAAUAUUUCCCGGUUCAGGCCACACUUGGCGCAAUGCUUGAUAUCAUCGAGCACUUAUUCGGGCUCGUCUUUGUUGAGGUGGGAAGUGAAGAACGCCAUCGGCUUUCGCCCUCGGGGAACGGCAAGGAUAUGUCGUGGCACGAGGAUGUUCAAAUAUUUUCCGCUUGGGACGACGAAGAAGAAGGUGGCAGUUUCCUCGGGUAUCUAUACGUCGACCUUUUCAGACGCCCGGGAAAAUACGGCCACGUCUCCGUUUUCAACUUAAUGCCGGGGUUCACUCGUGAAGAUGGAACACGGCAAUACCCUUCCACGGCCAUCGUGGCAAAUAUCCCCAAGCCUGAGCCUGGUAAGGUUAGCCUGCUGCGACAUGGCCUCGUAGUGACACUCUUCCACGAGCUUGGGCAUGCAGUUCACGACCUCGUUUCUCGGACUACUUAUGCGCGAUUUCACGGGUCCGACGGGACUCCGGUCGAUUUCGGAGAAAUGCCCAGCCAACUGCUUGAGAACUGGUGUUGGACUCCAGAAGUUCUCGGGGUUUUGGGAAGACACUACUCGUAUCUCUCCCCGGAGUAUCUGGCUUACUGGCAAGACAACUCAAACGGUGGCCCCAGACCCCCGGAGAGGAUUCCGGCAAACCUCAUUGACGGCCUCAUAUCACUCAGAAGACUCAAUGAUGGCAUUAAUUCUCUCGGACAGGUUUUUCGAGCCGUGUUUGAUAUGGAAGUCCAUCAUCCAGACAGCCGCGAGUCUAUCCAGGCAUUGGACUUCACGGCUCUGUGGAACGAUCUAGAGCACGACAUCGAUCCACUGGACGGUCCCAUGGACAUCGGCUUUGACAAUCAGUGGGGCCACGGCUACUCCAGGUUUGAGCACAUCAUGGGAGAGUAUGAUGCAGGUUAUUACAGCUAUCUUUUCUCCGAAGUCUAUUCGACUGAUGUGUUUCACGCGGUUUUCAAAGCAGACCCGAUGAAUGCAAAAGAAGGGCGAAGAUACCGAUAUGCGGUCCUUGAGAAGGGGGGAAGCUGGGAUGGGGUGAAGAUUCUCACAGAGUUUCUUGGUCGGAGGCCUUCCAGCGAUACGUUCAACAGGGAGCUUGGUCUCGAGUGA